AUGGACCAUGACUCACUCUCGGCAAACUUGUUUAAGUGGGACACACGAGUCACUUUAGCUCAACCAACGGCUCGUAUUUACGAACCCAUAGUUCUAGAACAGCCACCACAGCCAACAACCAUGGCUAUUGUAGCAACUUCGGCUGGGAAUAAUAGCAUGGGUGGUUAUUUGGCAGUUAGGGAGAGUAGUAAGGAUCUUGGUGGGCUAGAAGAGAUGUUUCAUGCUUAUGGUGUAAGGUACUACACGGCUACUAAAAUAUCGGAACUUGGGUUCACGGCCAACACUUUGUUGGACAUGAAAGAUGAGGAGCUUGAUGAAAUGAUGAAUAGUUUGUCUCAUAUCUUUCAUUGGGAGUUGCUUGUUGGGGAGAGGUAUGGGAUCAAAGCCGCCGUCAGGGCCGAAAGACGCCGCCUCGAAGAGGAGGAUUCGAGGCGGCGUUACCUUGUUUCGUCGGACACUAACAAUACCCUUGAUGCUCUUUCACAAGAGGGUUUGUCUGAGGAGCCGGUGCAACAAGAAAAUGAGGCAGCAGGAAGCGGUGGUGGAGUGGCAUGGGGAAUAGCGGCAAUGGGAAGUUGUAGAGGAGUAAAGGCAAAGCAUGGGAGUGAACGAAAGAGUAAGAAAGCUAUAGCUAAAGUGAGGACUGGAUCGUGUUCACAAGCCGGUGGAGGAGGUGAUAACUUUGAGAACGAAAGUGAUGAUGAACCGGAUAAUGCUGGUGGAGUAGAGAGACAAAGGGAGCAUCCGUUCAUCGUGACCGAGCCAGGAGAGGUGGCUCGAGGGAAAAAGAAUGGACUUGAUUACUUGUUUCAUCUAUAUGAACAAUGCCGUGAUUUCUUGAUCCAAGUUCAAAGUAUUGCUAAAGAAAGAGGUGAAAAGUGUCCCACUAAGGUGACAAACCAAGUGUUCAGGUUUGCAAAGAAGGCAGGAGCAAGUUAUAUCAACAAGCCUAAAAUGAGACAUUAUGUUCAUUGUUACGCGUUACAUUGUCUUGAUGAAGAGGGAUCGAAUGCGCUAAGGAGGGCUUUCAAGGAGAGAGGAGAGAAUGUCGGCGCGUGGAGGCAGGCUUGUUACAAACCGUUGGUGUCGAUUGCUGCUAGACAAGGUUGGGACAUUGAUGCUAUAUUCAACACACAUCCACGCCUGUCCAUCUGGUAUGUCCCAACCAAAUUACGACAACUUUGUCAUGCCGAACGUAGCAGUGCUGCCAAUAUUGUAGCUGGAACUGCUACAUCGGUUACCCUUGUUGGCAGCGGCGGUGGCGGUGGUGGUCAUUUGCACUUUUAG